UCUCACAUUCUUCCAUCCUUCCUUGGUGUCAUUGGAUUUAAUCCCAGUCUGCCAGCCCUACUUGGUGUCACCUACACGUCAUAAGCACCUCGGACAAGGUCUAUCACAGUACAAAAAGUCUAUCUUGCUUUUUGAGUUUCUUCUAGAUCACAUCUCAGAAGCUUUUUGAUCCCCGUUACUCUUUUAUACUUCCGCCUCCCACCUCGUCAUACAUCCGAAGCCAUGGAGACCAGAUCCCGAUUUAAAGUCUGGGCUGAUAAAGCCGCCGUCGAGUCUGAACCUGGCUUGACGAGCACUCAGCUUAUGCUUACGAACCAUGAUCUUAAACCCGUCGAGAAGGAACGCCGACAAUGGGGUCCAUGGAACUUUGUUGGUUUCUGGAUCGCCGAUUCCUUCAACAUCAACACUUGGAUGAUUUCAUCGUCAAUGAUUGUUAAUGGUCUGUCAUGGUGGCAGGCCUGGAUCUGUGUCUGGAUUGGAUACAGCAUCACUGGUAUCUUUGUUGCGAUCAAUGCCCGUUUUGGUGCCAUGUACCACAUUGGUUUCCCUGUUGCCAACCGAACCUCCUUUGGUAUUUGGGGUAGUUUGUGGCCUGUCCUGAACCGUGCUGCUAUGGCCUGUGUAUGGUAUGGAGUGCAAGCCUACAUUGGUGGUGAUUGUAUCUAUCUCAUGAUCCGCACCAUCUGGAAGUCAUGGGCCAAUGUUCCAAACACUUUCAGCGAGGACUCGGGUACGGAUACCGCGCACUUCGCUUCAUUCUUCAUCUUCUGGCUUGUAUCGCUUCCAGCCCUCUGGUUCCCUGUCCACAAGGUUCGACAUCUCUUCACCGUCAAGGCAUACGUUGUUCCCGUGGCUGGAAUUACCUUCCUUGCCUGGACCAUUUCGCGCGCUGGUGGCAUCGGUCCCAUUGUGAAGGCAGGAAACACUGUUCACGGCAGUGACUUGGCCUGGGAAAUUGUCAAGGGCAUCAUGUCGUCUAUAUCCAACUUUGCAACACUCAUUGUCAAUGCCAGUGACUUUUCUCGAUUUGCGCAGAAGCCCAAAGACGCACUUUGGUCCCAGAUGAUCACGAUCCCUUUCGGUUUCGCCAUCACUUCAUUCAUCGGCAUUAUGGUCUCUUCAGCUUCCUCGGUACUCUAUGAGGAGGCUAUCUGGAACCCCCUUGAUCUGCUGGACAGGUUCAUUGACGAUGGAAGCUCGGGCGAGCGCUUCGGUGUUUUCUUUAUUGCUACAUCUUUCGCUCUCGCACAACUUGGUACCAAUAUUGCUGCCAACUCUGUUUCCGCUGGUACGGAUUUGACUGCUCUUCUUCCCCGCUGGCUCAACAUUCGUCGUGGAAGUUACAUUUGCGCCGCCGUCGGCCUGUGCAUCUGCCCUUGGCAGCUUCUUAAGGACAGCAAUCAGUUUACAACCUACCUCUCAGCAUACAGUGUGUUCCUGAGCUCAAUCGCUGGUGUUAUGGUCUCCGAUUACUACAUUGUGCGCAAGGGUUAUGUUGAUACCAAGGAACUCUACGAUGCUCGCAAAGAGGGACCUUACUACUUCACAGGUGGUUUCAACUGGCGUGGCUAUGUUGCCUACGUCGCCGGAAUUGUCAUCAACGUGGUCGGUUUCGCCGAUGCUGUCGGCGCAAAGAACGUUCCUCAGGGCGCGAUCUACAUUUAUCAGCUCAACUACUUCUGUGGUUUCAUUGUUUCAUCGGUUAUGUAUUGGGCUCUAUGCAAGAUCUCGCCAGUGCCUGCGACUAGCGAUCGAUGGAUGGAGGUUGGUGAUGAGAUCGAUGACAUCCGGGUUGCUUAUAACUCGAGAACUCCAUCGUACGACGAAGAGAUUGCAAGGGGCGAGGCGCCGAAGGCAGUUGAUGAAACGAAGCAUUUCUGAUUUUGAGCAUACCAAGAUGGGAGUUUAUUCAUAGGGGACUAUUUAUUAUAAUGAUUGUUGUUGAUUUUGAAAUAUUGGAAAUAUACCAGCUGUUGCUGAAUGACGAAUGAACAUAGGGUUUCUGAACCAAUCGGCUUUCCUACACGUUGGCUUUACCGACAAUGGUUUUGUUAUGGCAUGUUAAAAUUUGCAAGAACUACCAGGCCAGAGCC